AAUAAUGAUGUAAAUCCUAUCCUAUCCCUUUCGUUAAUGAAUCCAAAGCUUAUAAGAUGGCUGAAUAUUCAACUUCAUAUAAACACAUUCAAGUAGUUUGGUGGUAUUGCAUGGUCCUUAUGAGUGAAUCAGAUUUCCCCUCAUUAUUCCUAUUAACAAUUUCAAUGGGCACUCAUCUAAUCAUUUGUUAAUAUGUAUGUACUUGCACAAAUCAGGAUUAGAAAUGGCUUUGUAUAAAACGGCAUCAGGCGUCUUGAAGAGCAUCGAAGAAAAGCAAGGAUCUGUCAAAUCUCUCGUUAUUGCAUCCAAAUAUAAGAAUGUUAAGCAGCUAUAUGCACUUGUUGUUGAAACACUCAAAUAUAAAGAUGUACUGAUGGAAAUCAUCAACAAAACCAAGCUUAUGCAAGGAACGCAUAUAUCGAAAUAUGAGGCCUUGGUUCUAUCACAUGACUUUUUAUUUGGACGAGGUGUUCAAUGUGGGGGAAGAUAUAAGAAGAUUAUUCACUCAAGAAAGUCACAGCUAAAUUCUGCAUUGACUAUGAUGAAAGUAAAAAGAAAAGUGAAGUCAAAUGAGGAUUUGUUGCAAAAAGACUUGAAAGACGCUAUCAAUCUUCCAAAGUAUUUAAGAAUCAAUACAUUGCUAACCUCGAAAGAUGACGCUGUUGAAUAUUUCAAGAAGAUUGGUUAUACUCUCGUCGCAUCAAGAUCUCCUCAUCAACUACAGAAAAAUGAAUUUAUGAUUGAUUCUGUUAUUCCAUAUCUGUUGGUUUUUCAUCCGAGAACUGAUUUACAUAAUGAUAGAUUGUAUAAAGGGGGUGAAAUUAUAUUUCAAGAUAAAGCAAGUUGUUUACCCGCUUAUAUAUUAUCACCAACUAAUGGUUCUGUAGUAAUUGAUGCAUGUGCAGCUCCUGGGAAUAAAACAAGUCAUAUGGCUGCAAUUAUGUCCAACAGGGGAAAAAUUUUUGCAUUCGAUUUAAGCCCUCAAAGGUUAAGUACAAUGGACUCUAUGUUGCUUAAAGCAGGAGUUUUAUGCUGCCAAACAAAAGUGCAAGAUUUUUUAAAAGUCAAACAUGAUGAUCCACAAUAUUGCAAAGCAACAGAGAUUCUUCUUGACCCAUCUUGUUCAGGAUCUGGAAUUGUGAAUAGGUUAAAUUCACUAACAAAUGAUGAUAAAUCAAGUUCAGAAUCGCGACUUCAAUCAUUAGCCAAUUUUCAAUCACAAGCUCUGGAUCAUGCUCUUCUAUUUCCAAAGGUCAAUAAAGUUGUAUAUUCUACGUGCUCCAUACACACCAUUGAGAAUGAGAAAGUUGUUAUGAAAGCAUUGGAGAAACAUCCACAUUUUGAAUUAGUACAUGUAUUGCCUGAAUGGCAAAAUCGAGGUUUACCUAUAGAUGGCUUUGAAGUGGAGGCCAAGAAGUGUAUAAGGUGCACUCCGGAACAUGACCAAACAAAUGGAUUUUUUGUUGCCCUAUUCCAAAGGAAAUCAUGAUAAAGUUGUUAACAGCAGGGCUUAAUAAUUUUUUAAAAAAGUGAAAUAAAAGGCAUAAAGCCAUAAAAUCUCUUUUAAA